AAUUCCUGUCCCCAAAUCUUUAUUAAUUACUUCCCCAUAACCCCCCUUCUCUCCUUCCUCCUCUUCUCUUCCUCUCGAUCUCGUUUCUCUCCAGGCUCGGACGGCACAGCGCGCGGCGGCGUGGAUCCCGUCUCCCUCUCCUCGAUCCAGCCCUCUGAACCACAUGCAUGUGAUCAUGCACGGGCUGGUAUGGUAAAGGGCGCGCCGUGCUGCUAGACUCGUAUGGGCUCUUGGCAGCAAGGAGAGCUGCAGGGAGCAGCCAUGGAUGGUGCAGCGGCGGCGGCGACUGGAAGCGGCGGCGGCCACCGCGUCGUGGGCUCGAGGAACGAGGAGCACGGGAAGUACCUGUCGGAGUCGAGCUGCUGCCCACGGUGCGGACACAAGCUCGACCCGAAGCUGGUAUAUCACUCACAAGCACGACAACUGGACUGGCUGGGGCUGCCGGCGGGGGUCAAGUUCGACCCGACGGAUCAGGAGCUGAUUGAGCACCUGCAGGCCAAGGUCCGGCCUGCCUCGGCAGCGGCGCCGUCGCACCCUCUGAUCGACGAGUUCAUACCCACCAUUGAAGGGGAGGACGGCAUAUGCUACACCCAUCCUGAGAGGCUGCCAGGUUUGACGAAGGACGGCCUGAGCAGGCACUUCUUCCACCGGCCAUCCAAGGCUUACACUACCGGCACUCGCAAGCGCCGUAAGAUCCAGCCGCCCGUAGCCGAUGCCUCAUCAUCCUCCGCCCUGCCCGCGCAGCAGCAGCAUCAGCAGCAGCAGCGGAGCGAGACGCGGUGGCACAAGACCGGCAAGACGCGGCCGGUGGUCGUCGCCGGGCGGCAGCGCGGGUGCAAGAAGAUCCUGGUGCUCUACACGAACUUCGGCAAGAACCGCAAGCCCGACAAGACCAACUGGGUGAUGCACCAGUACCACCUCGGCGACAAAGAGGAGGAGCGCGAGGGCGAGCUCGUCGUGUCCAAGAUCUUCUACCAGACGCAGCCGAGGCAGUGUGGCGUCGCGGCGGAGCCUGCCGCCACAGCCGCCUCCUCUGACACGGUGGAGGAGGCUGCUGACCCGCCGGCGCCGGAGGGCUUGGUAGUGCCGCCACCACCAGAUGUAGCCGGUGCCUUCCAAGGCGCCGCUGGCAUUGAUGAGUUCAGCUUUGCGCAGUUCAGGAGCAGCUUCGAGGAGGUGGACGUCGGAGCAUCAGUUCAGGUUUCGAUGAGGGACGAGGAGGAAAUGCAUGCAGCGCAUCUCAACCUUCACCAGGAUCAUAAUCUUCACCGCAAUCAAUUUGGCAACCAAGAGCACAGGCGCCGCAUGGCUGCAACUGCUGCAGCAUUCCACAUCAACACACCAGUAGAGCCUAUCACCACGAUGAUCACCUCCUCGCCGGUGGUUCACGGUUCUGCCAUACUUCAACAUCCAGAGGCAUAUGGCCAUGGCAGCUCGACUUAUUGUCAUCAUCAGCACCAGAUGGAGGAGGAUGAGCAGCUACACCAACAACCUCAAAAUUUUGAUGGGCGACGGUCGACUUCUGGGCUCGAAGAGGUUAUUAUGGGAUGUAGUUCGAGGAGGUCCAAAAGAGCGGAAGCAUCUGGCCCAGGUGGAAACAAGGAGAGCAGAGGAUGGCAGUACCCAUCCUUCUGGCCAUCUGGCAGCCAACAGGAUCAUCAUGGGUAGAAGAGCAGCAACACAUCCCUGCCUGGCACUGUAUGUGCCGCACCACCUUUGCAUGAAGCCAACCUUGGAGAGGGCAACCGAAAGCAGAGAGACACCUGACAUCAUCAUUACUAGCUACCAUGAUAAGAUCAUCAUAUAAACCUAGCUACACUGUCGUACCUACCAUAUCUAGGCUUACAAUACUUUAGCGUGAGUGCAGUCGCUUCCAAGAAGCAAACAAAAUCAGGGCAAAGUUAUAUCAAAACAAAAACAAAAAAAUACAAACCCAGCCUUUUGCCGCCCCCGCUCUCUCUCUCUCUCUCGAUACACUCUUUGGUCCCCAGCUCGUAUACGCUUCUAGCUACUUUCUCUUCGACCAAUGCGCGCGUAUGGAUCGGAUAACGUACGGGGAUGGAACGAAGUUUCAUUUGAAGCGCGCUCAAAUUUACAUGCUGCAUGUCUAAAGAGACAAAGAUGGUAUUGGAGGCUAGGAGGAAAAGCAAAAGGGAGAGAAGAAUCAUGAAAAAGAAAAGCAAGGGGAGCGAGGCGAGGCCGGGGGACAUGAAACAAAGGUGACGUCACAUGAGAACGGUCAGUAGUUAACCGUCGGUUGUGCACAGUGGUCGAUGCAAAAUCAUUACCACAAUCAUGGUUCAUCCUUGCCUUUUCCUUUUUUUUCCCCUCCCCCUUAUAAAAUGCUGCUACCGUAGUUUAGUAUACUACCACUACUAUACAAUUAUCCCAUUGCAUUCUUAUUAUUGUAGUUUGUUUGCGUUGAUGCAUGCAUUGUUGGAUCUGUUAUGGGCUUGGCUCAUUUAUUGAA